AUGGGUGUUUGUAAAAUAUGCCCAUGUGCUAUUCCACAUAUUGAACCAAAUUCUGACUUCCAGCAGAAAUAGCAAUAUCAAAACGAUGAUAUUUAACAAAACAUCAAACUCCUCAAGGGUGUUAAUCUAAAUAUUACACCACCUUGCGAACUCGAAAUUCCUGUAAAUAGGAAUAAAACAAAACCUUAUCAAUUAUAAACUUAAAAUCCCAUAAAUAUAAUUUAGGCUGUGAGCAUCUACUAAUCCAGUUAGGCAAAUAAAGUUGUACCAAAUGAGCAUCAAUGUCCUAAUCAAAUAGAUGAAUUAAGUAAAAGCCAGCUUAGGAAUCAAACUCAACCUGAAGAAAAUCUUGAUAAAUAAGGUCAAACUUUUUUCAAUCUUUAGUAUGAAACAAUGUUGUCAAGCAACUUUAAAGAAAAGUCUGAUAGAUCUUUAAGUACCGAAGGAUUUACUUUAAGAAAUGAUAUGAUCGAUAGUUCCCCUCCACCCAAAAUAUAGUUUAGAGUGGAAUAAAAAGAAAAAACAUUAUGA